AACAUAGAUGUAUUUAAUUAAAGCAGCGGAAUACCUAAAAAAUUUAAGGAUGAAAGAAAAAACAGUGUUUUUCAUAGAUGUACAGAACGCAUAUAAUUUGUGUAGACAGAGAGAGACUUAUAUGAUAUAAUUGUAAAGAAAUGAUGGAUGGAUAAAGCAGCAGCAGAAUUCUUCAUGACA